UUUAAACAAAAAGUGGAUCAUAAUUAAUUCAAUCCAAAGUGUUAAGGAAUGAUCAGUGCAAAAUCAAUUGAAUUUAACGAAAAUUAAAAUUGAAAAAAGUUCGAAAAAUCAAAAAGUUAAAUAAUUAACAGUGAGUCAGUGACAAAAAAGGUGAUAAAGUGAAAUUCACAAAAAAAAAUAAAAUAAAAUACACAAGCAAGACAUGAGCCAGAAAAGCUAGUAUUUACUCAAUAAGCUUGUUUACUUCUCGAAGACAACUUCUUUUACUUUUAUUAUACGUGUGCUGUGUAUUAUUUAAUUCUUUUUAUUGUGUGUACGCUUAGCUUACAAAUCCAACAAGAUAUAUACAAGAAAAAUUAAAUAGAAGUGGAAUUUUGAAAACAAAAGAGAAUGAAAAAAUAAUUAAGGAAGAGAGAUUUAAAGGUAGAAAAAGAAGAAGAAAAGGGAUUACGAGAAUCUUAAAAAACCAUCGAUCAGUUUAACACCAAAACAAUAAAAUUUCAAGGAAUUAAAGGAGAGAAUCAUUAAUUAUUCUUCAGUUCUACUUACUUUUUGGAUAUAUUACAACAAAUAUUGAGAUCAUUUAUCAUUCACACGUCUUAUAAUCCAUAUUAAGAUAAUGAUUUAGAGGCAAUUGAAGCAGCAAUAAAAUCAAUUACGAGGUGAAAAUUUGACAACGAAACAAUAAAAAUGACAGUCGGAACUUUUCACACUCAUCAACAGACACAACAGCAUACAAUGAUGCAAAAUUUAAGGAACUGUGCAGCAAAUUUCUACGGACCACCGUCAGUAAAUCAACAAUAUCAUUUAAUGGACACAAAAGGACUUCUCAAUGGUCCAGGACAAAACAAUUGUUUCUUAAAUUGUGCAGUUCAGGUCUUGUGGCAUUUAGAUGCAUUUAGACGUUCCUUCAGACAGCUGAAUAAUCACAAUUGCAGCGGAUCAGAAUGUAUAUUUUGUGCCUUAAAGAAUUUAUUCACACAAUUACAGACAAGUUCAGAGCCAGCAUUAUGUCCUGAACCUUUAAGAAGGGCAUUAGCCAGUGGACCACUUGCGAGUCGACGAUUUCCACUUGGAUGCUUAGGCGAUGCUGCAGAAUGUUUUGAACUUCUCCUUCAUCGCGUUCAUUCACAUUUAUCGCCAACAGAUGGUGACUCAUGUGAUACACCAUCAUGUGUCGCUCAUCAGAAAUUUGCCAUGCGUGUAGUCGAGCAGAGUGUCUGCAAAUGCGGUGCCAAUUCUGAGCAAUUGCCAUUCACACAGAUGGUGCACUACGUUUCGGCAUCAGCAUUGACAUCACAGAAUAUGAUUGCAACACAGCAAUCAUUUGGACAGUUAUUGAGGAAUGCAGCAAAUAUGGGCGAUAUUCGAGAUUGUCCGAAUUCGUGCGGAGCAAAAAUUGGCAUAUGUCGAUCACUACUGAACAAGCCCGAUGUUGUAUCGAUUGGUGUGGUGUGGGACUCAGAGAGGCCAGCUGCUGAUCAGGUACAUUCAGUUCUUAAAGCAGUUGGAACAUCUCUUCGGCUUGGUGAUGUCUUCCAUCAAGUUUCUGACUCACGAUGGGCACAUACAAAUUCUCAUGAACUUGUUGGUGUCGUGUCAUAUUAUGGAAAGCAUUAUACGACAUUCUUCUUCCACACUAAACUCAAAGUUUGGGUUUAUUUUGAUGAUGCCAAUGUACAAGAGGUUGGCCCAAAUUUCGAAGCAGUUGUCGAUAAAUGCAGUCGAGGCCGAUAUCAGCCAUUACUUUUACUUUAUGCCCUGCCACAGCCACCAGCACAAACAUUAAAUGGUUAUCAAUCAGAUGCCUCAGUGACGAGUACGACAUUGGCAGGUUCAAAUCGUCGUGCAAUCACCCCAAGUCCAGAAAAGACACAAAUUGGUCUCACGAGACGUGCCAUAACGCCAACACCAAAUCGAGCUGUAUGCGAAUAUCAAAAUCUUAGUGUCAUACAAAAUAAAAUAUUUAAUACAAAUGGAUCUGAAGAAACAGACGUCUAUAUAAGUCGGAGGACUGUCGAGAAUGUGAUUAAUGCUCAGUACCAGAAUUUAAAUGUCAUUCAAGAGAAAAUCUUUUACAAUAAUUCAAAUAAUCUAACAAGUUCUGGAAACAGCAGUAGCAGUAGUGAGGAGAAAGAAUAUAUCAGCCGUAGUCAGCUUGAAGCUCAAAUGGCAAAGAAACAGCAGCUAGCAAGAAGUCUUAGUGCUGAAUCUGCAUCAAUCUCAUCAUCUCCAUCACAUUCCGAUGGUCUAUCAAUUCCAGAUCAUUUAAAUCAACCAAGAAGAAGGGAUUCGGGCAAUUGGAGUGGCGAUAGAAAUAGUGCCAGUUCAUCAUCAUCAACAACACUCGAUAAUCCAUAUCUAUAUUUGAUGAACAAAAGAAAUAAUAAUCCUACAACUACUAAUAAUAAUAAUAACAACUCAAUGCCGCCAAGUCCAACACGAAAUGGGCCAUUUUAUGAUGGUGGAUAUGAUUCAUAUUCAUUAUCAUCGACUGACUCAUAUCCUCCAAAACAUCCAAUUAUGCAUUUGGCAAAAAUCCCCGAAUCAAUGACAAUGUCAGGCGAUUGUGAGAAGCUUUGUCUCGAAGCUGAUCAAUUGCUUGAGAAAUCAAAAUUAGUUGAAGAUGCUCACGAUUUUGAGACAGCAUUAGUAUUGUGUAAUGCAGCAGCUGGCAAAGCUCGUGCAGCAAUGAAUGCACCAUACAGUAAUCCACAUACAAUGACAUUUGCACGUAUGAAGCAUAAUACAUGUGUAAUGCGAGCGAGAAGCCUUCAUCGGAGAAUAUUUAUGGAAAAGGAGCCCUUUUCGCUUGUUAAAGAUCAAUCGAAUACAAACUCAUUAAACGGUCCUCGACAUGGACGACAAAACAGUAAAGACAAGACAAUGCAGAGACAAAACAGCAAAGAAAUGUUGGGUCAAGAAGAUAAUAAGCCAACGAAAAGUAUCGAAAUUUAUGCAACACUUCCGAAAAAGAAGGUUUCAUUGAAACUUAUGGACCAGGAAGAUCAGAUUGUUCCAAUUGAGCCUAUAACUGUGGCUGACCCACCGAAAAAAGCUGAGCGUGAAAGUCGUAGUCUUUUUGGACGAUCAAAAGAAUCAAAAGAAAAGCGUUCAAGAAGUGAAGAUCGCAAUAAAGCAAGUAAAGAUUUUGAGGCAGCAGCAAGUCUUACAAAUGCAAAAGAUACAUUAAAGAAGCAUAAAGAAGAGAAAGAUGAGAAGAAAGAUAAGGAUAAGACCAACAAGAAACAGCACAAAAUUCGACGAAAGUUACUUAUGGGCGGUCUCAUUCGAAGAAAGAAUCGUUCAAUGCCUGAUCUCACAGAGGGUGCUGUUGAGACUCAAAAUAAGGAAGUUGCAUCGACUCCACAGAAAUCACUUGACGACAGCUCAGUCGGUGUAAGUCCGAAAAGUCUAGAUACAACAACAAAUAGUGGAUAUUUGUCAGAAGGACAUCUUGAGUAUCAUGUGACUGGAAAUCCAACAUUAGAAAGAAGUAAAUUAAUGAGAAAGAGUUUCCAUGGAAGUGGAAGACAAUUAGUCGUUGCAAAAGUACCACCUCCACCACCAUUAAGAAAAACUUCAGCACUAACACGUGAGCUUGUUGAAGAGCAUCACUUACAGCAAAAAACUGGUCAGAACUUCUAUGCUACACCUAUUGAUCAACCAAUAGAGCCAUUCCAUAAAGCAAACAUGUCAAUAAUUUCGAAUGUAAGUUCCAACACAUCAAUGAGUGAAGAUUCCUGCCAAACAAUAAUCACAUGUGCUCAAGUUCAUCAAGAACAGAGUCCAUUAAAGCCAAGUGAUAUCAUGCCACCUCCUACAAAUUAUCAACAAAAGUUCAUGCAACAAAAGACUGAUGUUGAUGAAGUCGAUUGUGCUAUAAUUCCACAUCAUGCACGAUUUAAUUCACAACUAGAAUUGCCACCAUACCCAAGUCCACCGUCAACAACUUGCCAUUCGCGUCAAGCAUCUGAAGAUUUUCCCCCACCUCCACCAUCAAUUGAUCUCGAGCCCUUAAAUGAGCAGCUUAAUGAAAUUCAAAAGAGUCUGCAAAUUAAACGAACAGAUUCAUUGGAUACAAUUCAGGGAUGUACAAGUAUACUUGCACAUUUGCAGCAACGACAAGAGGCAUUAAAAGUUAAAGAUUUUAUUGACAAGAGGCCUGAGUCAUCAUAUACAUCUGAGAUUUGGCUCAAGGAAUUACAGAUGAAGCAAUUGGCAAAGAAGAUGCAAAUAGACUCCAAAGUACCUGACAAUAAUGUAAAAGACCUUGCGUCACGUUUCGAGCAGGCUAAAAUGUCACCAUUAUCUGAACCAAAGCGUUUAAAUGUUCGAACAGGCAUGAAUGGACUGUUGACACCAGCAACAAUUUCAACAACGCCUCAUACCAUUAAACGAAUGGACAAUGGCGAGGAAGUUGAGUAUGCGAUUGUCGAUAAGAAGAAGAAUCAAAUUAAAUUUGAAGUACCAGCGAGUCAAGUGCAAGAAGAGUUACGGGAAGUAGAGAUGUUAAAUCAGGUUGUGCAAAAUACAUUAAAUAAUUCCAAUCCACCAAAGAGGACGAAGAAGAAGAGCGUAUCAUUCUGUGAUCAAGUAAUUUUGGUAGCAACAGCAAAUGAUGAGGAAGACGAGACUUUUGUACCAAAUCCAAUUUUAGAGCGCGUGCUCAAGAGCAUAAAUGGCAGUAAUGGAAGUGAAGAAGAGUCAAAAGAUCAAGUUGACACACCUGCCAAGCCAAAUAUCUUGGCUACAAAACAAAUUCCACUUCAAGCGCCUCACGAGUCAUCGCCACAAAUUCCUACAUCCCAAUACAUGUCACCAACACCCAUUCAAAAUUAUCAAUUGAAUGGAUUACCACAAUACAGUCAAUCACCCAAAGAUGACGGUUUUGGUUAUCAAACACUUGAGCAAAUUCAAAAACCAAUUGUUUACCAUUCAGUUCCUCCCCAAAAUCCAUCCAUAAAUCAUCAAAUCUAUCCUCCACAAUCACAACAAAAUCCUACAGUUCCUCAACAACAAUCACAAUCCCUUCCACAGCAAUAUCAAGCAAGUAUGAUGAAUAUGAUGCAAAAGAAGCCAGAUAUCACAUCUGUUGGAUCAAAUGUCCAACAGAUGCAGAAUAUUGGACAAUAUCCUGGCAAUAAUGCAAAUAACAGUAAUAGUAUGCAGCAGCAGCAGCAAUCGUUUGACUAUAUUGCUAAUCAGGGAUCAGGAUUAACAAAUUUAGGCAUUCCAUUGCAAUCUACAUCGAACAAUACUGCAUCGCCAUACAUGCAGAUACCACAAAAUAGUACAAUUCUUCGUGAAAAUCCUACGGCAUAUCCAAUGCAUCCAUACAAUCUCCAAAGACAAACACAACAAAAUUAUCCACAAAAUCCUCUUGCUCAACAAACACCACCGACUAUGAUGUCACCAAAUCAAAUGGUCAGUCCACAACAACAAAUGAAUUACAUGAUGAAUCAAAAUAGAAUGGGAAUGUAUCAAGCACAACCAAUAAAUCAUCAGAAUGUGUACCAAAAACCACCACAAAUGAUGCAGCCACAGACAAUUCCAAUGGAUAUGCAGAAUGGCUAUACAUUCCAGCAAUCUCCUUACCAACGUGUGACUUAUAUGCCAUCACAAGAUAUGCAUUUUGAAGGAAGUCCUCAACAGUCACAACAAUUGCCAUUAAAUCCAAUGAAUCCACUUAGUCAGCUCCAUCAGAAUCCAAUGAAUAGUCUUUACUUGAGCUCAUCACAGAUGCAGAAAGUCAUUCCAAAAAAGGUAAGUUUUGGACCCGACACCAAAGGUAAUGAUGGAAGUAACUCGCCAGCACCAAACUCAACAGAUGGCAAUAAUAAUUCAACGGUUGGUCAAGCACAGCCGUCAACAGCACCAACUCAAGUGGUUCCAACGAAAAUAGCAUUUAAUAAUAAUGCAAUCGUAAAAUCGUCAGCGAAAUCAACAGUGUGUAAUUUGUGUCGUAAGCAGCACACAAUAGGAACAUCCCUAUAUUGCACAAACUGCGACAAUUACUUGUCCAGGUUUAAUGUGAGACGUUAAAGAUAUAAUUUCAUUAAUUUUAAGGAAGAAAUAUAUUUUCAAUUGAAAAGUGCAAAUUUAAUAGAAUUAAGGCAUAACAUUUUAAGCAAUUAGUUCUGCAUAUUGUAGAGCUUCAUUCGAUUUACUUUAAUUUAUAGCAUUUGAAAAAAAGAUUUAUUUAAUUAUAAUAAUUUUUAUGAAAAUAAUAUACAUCGAAGGUAAGUUUGAUACUUCCAUCGACCCCCUCUUCUUUUUCUGAGACGUAAGAUGUAAUUUUUAAGAUUUCUUGUGAUAUUCACAUUGAAAAUGACUUAUUAUUAUUAUUAAUGCAAAUAUAUAGUAAAUAUUUAAUGCUCAGUCUCCUUGAGAUCGACAAAUUCGUUUUAUAUCAUUUCAUUUACUUUAGACGUUAAGGGCAGCAAUGCAUUGAUAAUUUUUACAUACAUUCCAUAAGAUUUAUCUCUUAUUUUUAUUAUUAUUUUAAUACUUUUCUCUUUUUACAGAUUUUAUUGAUACGAUUUAUAAUGUUUUUAAGAAAAAAUAAGACACAAGACGAAUAAUAAAAAAUAAAGAAGGAUUUAUCAA